AUUAUUGAAAUUACCAGAACGUUCGCGCAUGCUAGAAUGCUGUCUCUCUCGCAAGUGCGGACCGAUCGAAGCUGCAGGCAGCGUUCGUGAGACGAGCACCAAUCGGAUCGGAGUUCGAACUAUGUCUCUCUGCAGGUGGAGCGACAUUACCACUAUGAAAUUCGUACACCUUUAUCAGGGGGAAGAGUGUUUAUGGAACGCCAGGUUGCUGGACUACAAGAACAAAGACGCGAGGUAUCGUGCUCUCGAGAGAAUUGCUGCAGCGAUGGAUCUGGAAGGUUUCGGCGUUACUGAUGUGAAAUACAAGAUCAAGAAUAUUCGGUCAUCUUACUGCCAGGAGUUAAAGAAAAUCCACUUUAGCCAGGCGAGCUGUUCCUCUCCCGAGGAUGUGUACAAACCAAACGUCGUUUGGUUUAACACUUUGGACUCCUUCCUCAAGAGUUUCGUCUUUCAGCGAGACAAGACAAAUUGCCAACUGGAUAGGUUCGGCAGACGAAAUGCUCCCGCAAUAAAAGAUGAAGAAGUAGUCAUGGAAGAUGUAACACAGCUGUACGACACUGACGAAGUCUGGACUGAAGUCGAAGAGGACGCGAGCGAAAAGCAGGACGCCGUUGAGAUGCAGUUGCAGGAAAUGUCCACCGCAGAAUCCGCUCGGCACAAUUUCAAGAGGUUCAGGCCGCAAGACUCUGACCUCGUUGGUAACGCAGUGGACAGGCUGAAAACCAUGCUGGAUAAGAAGGCAGACGACGGCGAGUUCGAGGCUUUCGGGCGGAGCGUCGCCUGUCAGCUGAAGAGACUGUCCGGACGCCGCGCUGCGUCCGCCCAGAUGAAGAUCCAGACAAUCCUCAGCGAAGAGCGCAUCGAUCAGGAGAUGGAGUAGCAGGCCGCUGGCGUGCCAUAGUCGAAUGCGUUUCUCUUUACUGUGGCCGAUUCGAGCUCUUUGGUCGCUGUUCUGCAAAUCUGCAGUCGACCUCUUGAAGCCCGAAGCUCGUCUAAAUAUUUAAGAAUUUGGUCCGUACCGCAGAGAAAAAACUUAACUUCACCAUUACAGAGAUCAACUGGUUAACGCCGUUUAAGGAAAUAAUCGCUGUUCUUCUUUGAAUUAACCGAUAAAUGCGCUCUGUGUUCAAAGUGUAGAGUUAUUUUCAUAUUAAUGUGGGCGGUCCACGCGGGUAUCACUUUGCUUUGAAAGGUUAGUUGAAAAAUAUGUGAUGUAAUUGAUUGUAAGUGUAAGUAAAUCCAAAACAAAAUACCAUGA